GCGUCAUUCUGCUACUAACAUGAUUGCUAAGUGAGUGAACCACGGUGAAGGGGACUUUUUAGCUCAGUUUCUCUUGCUGUUGGAGUCAAUUUCUUUAAUAAAAUGACGACUCAACGUAAAAACAGUCCCGCCUGAGCUUUUAAGCUCCCCUGAGACGCCGCGCGAGCUUCUAGCGCCGGUCGGUGGGAUGGAUCCUCUGGGGGCUCGCUCCCAGUUUGUGGAUAUCCAGUCCCUUCCGGUGUGGCAACAGCAGCCGAGUGAGGAAGCCAAGGAGACGCCGCUGGACCAGGGGGACGGCCCGCUCGGCCAGGAGGCCUUUCCCUCGCCCUUCCCUUUCAGACCGGACAUCAACCGCAAGAUCAUCCUCUACACCGGGGACGUUGCCCUGCUGAACUGCACUGCCAUUGUGAACACCAGCAACGAGUCACUGAACGACAAGAAUCCAGUGUCGGACGGCAUCCAUCAGCUCGCCGGGCCUGAACUGAGGGAAGAACUCGUGAAACUCAAAGGAUGUCGGACAGGCGAGGCCAAGCUGACCAAAGGCUUCAACCUGGCGGCACGGUUCAUCAUCCACACGGUGGGACCGAAGUACAAAGCCAAAUACAGGACUGCAGCGGAGAGCUCUCUGUUCAGCUGCUACAGGAACGUCAUGCAGCUGGCAGCAGAACAGUCGAUGGCGUCUGUCGGCUUCUGUGUGCUGACCACAACCAAAAGAGGCUAUCCACUGGAGGACGCUGCACACAUCGCUUUCAGAACAGUGCGCCGUUUCCUGGAGAACCAUGGAAACAGCAUCGACACGGUGGUGUUCGCAGUGUCGGACACAGAGGAGUCUGUGCACAAGAAGCUUCUCCCGCUGUACUACCCUCGCUCCGAGGAAGAGGAGAGGCGCUGCCUUCCUCUCAUCCCGGCUGACAUUGGCAACUCGGAGGGCGAGCCCGUCGUUCCAGAGAGACAGAUCCGCAUCGCGGAGAAGCCAGGCAGCCUGGAAGAUGAGUGUGAAGAGGAGAGCCUGGAGCUGGAUUUGGGUCAGGUGGGGAAUCACGCCUUCGCUCGGAUGGAGGGCGACGUGGACAAGCAGAGGAAGCUGAUCCUCCAGGGCCAGAUGUCUGAGGCAGCCGUACAGAAACAGCACCAGAGAAACUACAGUCGCUGGCUGUGUCGAGCGAGAGCGGAGGAUCUGUCAGACGUCGCUGCGCUGAAAGCCUUAUAUCAGACUGGUGUGGACAUAUGCGGCAGGACGGUGAUGGUGGUGGUUGGACGAAACAUCCCAGUGACCCUCAUUGACCUCGAAAAGGCCUUGCUGUACUUCAUCCAUGUGAUGGAUCACAUCACAGUGAAGGAGUAUGUGAUCGUUUACUUCCACACGCUGACCGGAGAGCACAACCAUCUGGACUCGGACUUCCUCAAAAACCUCUACGACGUCGUCGACAUCAAGUACAAAAAGAAUCUGAGGGCCUUUUAUUUUGUACAUCCAACGUUUCGCUCAAAGGUCUCCACUUGGUUCUUCACCACCUUCAGCGUGUCGGGCCUGAAGGAGAAGGUCCGUUACCUGGACAACCUGCCGCAGCUCUUCACCUGCAUCAAACCCGAGCAGAUCGACAUUCCUCCGUUCGUCCUGGAGUACGACGCACGAGUAAACGGACAGAACCAUCCCAACGAGGCUUCUGGUCUGUGACAGGACGCCGGCUGGACCUCUUUGCUAGGCGGGCGCCGUGAAUUCAGCCCCUCUAAGAGAAGCUAUUAAUGGACGUCAGACUGCCUGAGCGGUCUGAACUCAAACUCCGUCAGGCUGUGAACCGCGGCGGGGAAAAUCUCCCUGUUGACGUUUCCCGCCAAAAUUGUAUGAAGAGAGUCGUCUCAGGUCAGCAGUAGCGACCGUUUGUCGGUUCGGGAUACUUCCUGGAUUAUUCCUCGCAUAAAGUCUUUUUUUUUAUAUAUGUAUUUUCUCCAAAGCAAAUAAAGAGUCAAGUUACAAAACCUUUGACUUCACGUAAAAUCACACACCUUAUCCAGCUAGUAGCUGAAUGUAGCGGCUGCAAGUUUUACUAUUCAAUGCAUUACGUCGCUAUGACAACAAGAGGAGCUUAAAUCUGGGGGGCAGAAAGUUAAGAGUAGUGCAAACCAAUGAAUACGAGGAUAAAGAGGACGUUUGCUGUCCUUAUUGCAGACGUUAACAUGCAUAUUUUCAUGGUAGACUUAAGUCCAACAGAAAAAUAACUUUUUUUUUUUUUUUACUUCGUUCCCAUUCAUACAUCAUGUUUUUUAAUUCAUUUAACAUCCUGGUCACUAAUCAGAGCUGAUCGAUGGAAAAUAAGCUAAAUCUCCAGCUGGAGUAAUUGAUGCAAAGCUAAAACAGGAUGUUAUCAGGAGUGAUAUUUGCAGAAAAGAAACUUAUCAAGAAUAAACAGUUUUCUUGAGGGAAGACUGAGACUGAUUACGUCCUGAAUUGUAAAUACUGUUUUUAUCUUACAAACUGAAUCAGGUUUGUAAAAGAAAUCCCAUAAAACUACCUAUUUAUUUAAGCACAUGUGAUUUUUCCUUUUUUUUUUUUUUCCAAAUAAGUGAUUUUAUUUGUAGAAAUUCAACUUUGUCUCUUGAUGUACCCACCAACCAUAAGAAAGGUUCAGUUCACUAUUGUUUUCUUGUGUCUAAAACUAACUUCGGGCAAUAAUUUCUCCGGUUUUCUCAGUUUUCGUCCUCCACUGAUAAAACCAUUUGGGUUCCAUGUUUUCUGUUCGUUCGGUUAAGAAACCUUUUUAGAUUUUCAGACGCGAGGCUUUGUGACUGCAUCGUCAGUAAUAGUUUUCUAACACUGCGAAAACACAAAAGCUUGCCAAGUAUUUUUGGUCUAGUUUCUAUUUGGUCAACAUCUUAGGACACUUGAAAUGUAACAAAAUUAACAUUUAAGCAACUUUUCAGCAAGAUACAGGAGCUUGUUUUACGUCAAUAAUUCCCUAACAUGGAUGAAGAAGUGCUAGUUCCACUGGCAGAUCUUAUACUUAUAACAAGACAUUUUUCCAUGUUUUAAGUAGACGAAAAGUGGAGCUACUGUAGUUCUUCUUAUCAAUAUUAAGGAAUUAUUGACUUAAAUAACUCCUAUAUCUUGCUGAAAGUUAGUUUUGUCUUAUUUCAGGUCUACUAAGAUAUUAGCACUAGAAACUAGACCAAAAUGACUCGGUAAGAUUUAGUUUCUUCAGUGUCCCUGUGUUCGCAGCAAACCGAGUAAAUCAGAGCUGUGAAAGCCAACAGCUAGUAAAAAAAUCACAACCUGUUUUAGCUCCUUUCAUUCAGCUAAAAGUGAAAAUGUUUGUCUUUAUGGAACAUACCGCUGGAGCUUUUACAAGAAGCCAUUAAGUUUGUUGCCGCUUUAACGGCCAACUCUGCUCCGCGUUGCUGCGAGGAAUUGGAAAAGCGGAGGAGCUGUGCUGCCUUCUGAUGCCGUAGUGCAAAUGAAAACUUGUUGCAGAAUACAAACGUCCUCCAUCCCGUUGGCGGAUGAAUCUCAGCUCAUCAAACGGGUUGAUAUCGGCUACAACGUCAACACAAGAUUGAGAACGAUUACUGAUGAUCACUUCCCAGAGCCUCUGUUUAAAGUAAAAAUCUAAACUCUCCCUUUAUUAUUGUGGAGUUUUUUUUAGGGUCCCUGCUUUGGUGUGAAUUUUUAUCACCGUCUGUUGGACUAGCAGCUGAUUUCUCCCUGCCGAGUUCGCCAUCCAGGUGUUUCCAUUUCGUUUCAGCUCCGUUGAAAAGGCUCGAGCCUCUCAGCGUGAUUCUCCUUCCUGUCAACGUCCUCGUUUCAGAACGGAUGAAACUCGGCAAGCGAUUCAUCAUAGGAAACGACGCUCGCCUGCUCACUUGCGAACCGAAGAUUUACAACAAAAACGUAGCCUUCUAGCUGAAGUAUUUGUGCGUAUGGGAGGAAAAAUAAACUGUGACUAUGCUGAGGUCAAUGAGAAGAAGUGCAGGUGUUGGAGGAAGAUCCGUUUUGCAAUCACUCGUUUCACAAACUGUCGGCAGAACCGGGAUUUUCUCACACGAUGUUUAGCUGAGGCCAUUUUUGACUUUACGGAAAUGUGAUCUUUUUGUUUUCAGAAAUAUAUCUGUCAUUUUAUCGUUGUUGAUUCAGACUGUCCAAAGCUUUCAGGGUCUGAAGGAAGUCUCUUCUUUUCUGUUUGGAUCUUGUUUUUUCUUCUGAUUAAAAAUUCUUGACUUUCA